AUGCACAGCUCCCACAGUCUUCUGCUGCCCCCGCAGCUGCUGCUGCUCCUGCUAGCCACCACAGACCCCGCUGGAGCCCUCACGGAAGAAGACAAACGUUUGAUAGUGGAUGCACACAACUCAUAUCGUGCCCAGACGAACCCGCCGGCCGCCAACAUGCUAAAGAUGAUGUGGGAUGAAGACCUGGCGGUGUUCGCCAAAGCCUAUGCAGAGCAUUGUGUGUGGGCCCACAACCCAAAUCGCGGGUGGCGCGGCGAGAACCUGUUCGCCAUCACGGGCGAUAGCAUGGACGUGCAGAUGGCUGUGGCAGAGUGGCACCGGGAGAGCGAUUACUAUAACUUCACCACAGGUGCCUGCCAAUCUGGACAGAUGUGUGGCCACUACACACAGGUGGUCUGGGCCAAGACAGAUAGGGUUGGCUGUGACUCUCACUUGUGUCCUAAACUCCAGAACGUUGAAGAUUCCAAUGUCCACUUUCUGGUUUGCAACUAUGUGCCUCCGGGCAACGUGAUUGGGCAGAAGCUCUAUGAGGUGGGGCCACCGUGCUCCGCCUGCCCCUUGGGUUACCACUGUGAGCAGUCCCUCUGUGAACCCACCAGAGAUCCAGAAGAGCCUCAGGAUUUGCCUUACAUGGUGACUGGGGCCCAGACCCCCCUGGCAACUGAAGCCUCUAGCUCUAGUGAAAUGGGUGCCCCUUCUUCCCUAGCAACUGAGGCUCCAUCCUUCUUGCUAACUGAGGUCUCAGCUUCCCUGGCAACCAAGGCUUUGCCUACUUUACAAACUGAGGUCCCAUCUUCCUUAGCAACAAAAGAUCCUCCUUCCAUGGCAACAGAGACCCGAUCUUCCUUAACAACAAAUGAUCCCUCCUUCAUGGCAACAGAGGCCCUGCCUUUCUUAACUGAGGUCCCUUCUCUUUUGGAAACUCAUGGGCUGUUCUCCUUGGAUGAGAGGCCAGUCACCUUUCCCAAAUCCACCCAUACUCCCUUUUCCAAAUCAGCAGACAAAGCAGCCAACAGGGCAAAUGGUCCCUAUGUGAAUCCAGAAGAAUCUCUAUAUUCCAAGAUGUUCCUGAUUGGCACACAGCAGCCUCUAUCCCAAGCCCAGACUGAGGCAGGGGUUCCCCAUGAGUUGCCUCCUCCCAGUGAGGUCUUGGUCUCAGUUUCCCCAACCCAAGAUGAGGCAGCUGAGAAGCAGGUCACAUUUAUCCACGUGGGGCCCACCUCCUCCAGGUCCCUGCCCAACUCCCCCAACACCUCUACCACUGCUAAUACGCUAGGUGGGCGCACCCUAGGUCUGCAGUCUACCGUGUCAGGUGCAGAUCUCCCUGGAGGGUCUGUCACCGAGUCAGAGAACCUGAGCCCAACAGGCCCAAACCCAGCAGGGUUGAGCCCAGUGGGGCCGAGUCCAGCAAGGCCCAACCCGGCGAAGCCAAAUCCAGCAGGGCCGAGUCCAGCAGGGCCAAGCCCGGCAGAGCCCAACCCAGCAAUGCCGACUCCGGCAAGGCCCAACCCCAACCCAGCAAUGCCGACUCCGGCAAGGCCCAACCCCAACCCAGCAAUGCCGACUCCGGCAAGGCCCAACCCUGCUAAGCCAAAUCCAACGGGGUCAAUACCGGCAAGGCCAAACCCGGUGGAGCAGAACCCUUCACAGCCCAAUCCGGCGGAACUGAACCCCUUGAGGCCAAACUGGGCAGAGCCGAACCCAGCAUCGACAAGUCCUGAAGGCCCAAGCCUGGUAGGGCUGAACCCUGCAGAAGCAGGUUUAGAAGAGUUGACCCCGGAGGAGCCUGAAGAGUUGAACCCGGCAGAGCUAGAGGAGCAGAACCCCGAAGACCUAGAAUUGCUAGAGCCGGACGAGCCCAAAAUGGAGGAGCCGAACGCAGAAGACCCCAAUGCAGAAGAACCGAAUGCAGAAUUGCCAAACGCAGAAGACCCCAACGCAGAAGAACCGAAUGCAGAAUUGCCAAACAUAGAGGAACCUAAUGCAGAAAUGCCGAAUGCAGAACAUCCCAGUGCAGAAGACCCCAACGCAGAAGAAGCGCCUAAACCCACAAAGUGGAAACCCACUAAGCCAAUGUUACACUUAAAGCCCUUCAAGGUUAAUUCUGCCACUCGUUGUGUCUGGAGCCCCUUCCUGGGACUGCUGCUACUACUACCCCUGGUGUUGACUGGAAUCUUCUGA